UGCAGCUGGAGAUUGUUGCGGCGUGUGGCUUCCAUCUAGUCCUCACUUGUUGGUCCGCUUCCUCUCCGGGAAACUGUGCUUCCACUCCUGGGCACCAAUUGCUGUGGGCAUUGCAGCGCUUUGGACGCUCUGCUGUCUUGUCCUGUCAGUGUGGCGUGAGCAGUUCAGAACGGAACCUGCUGCUAUUUUGGAUAUGUGGGCGUGACUCCUUCGGUCCUGUUCAGACAUCUGUGCUACACCUGGAGGAGGAUGAAGUUGGCUGUCCUGGUGGUGGUGCUAGUCCUGGGGAAGGGAUGCUUCAGCUGCAACCUGAAAAACGUUAGCAUCCUCAUGAAGAGAUGCGAUCAGGAGGUGUGCAUCCACACCACAAUCUGUGAAGGGCUGUGCUACUUCCAGGACCCUGUCUUUGAAGACCCUGAAGUGGCGCCUGUGCAAACGAUCUGCAAAGGAGACUGGUCCUACGAGGUGCAAGACAUAGACAUAGAGGGGUGUCCGGGAAGCAUCACUUACCCUGUGGCUACAAACUGCGACUGUUCCAGAUGUAACACAGAGGACACAGACUGCGGCCGCUUUUAUGGUGACAUACCCAACUGUUAAACUACUCCUUUGGUCAGGAAACGCAUACUUAUUGUUGUACCUUUUUGUCUGACACUGAAAUAAAAAAAAGAUACUGCUAAUA